CGCUUCAAAAUGACAAUAUUGGAGGGUUCGUAGUUUUGGUUGUUUUCUGUUUCUUAUUCUAAAACGAGCGCGUGCCAGCCGAUCGCUUUUAUUUAGAACGAUCUUUUAUAAAGGGCAGAGGGAGGUGAGAUGCAUUCUACGAUAACAGAGGAUAAUUCACAAGGGACCAAAAGACCAUUAGACAGGACCCCAAGUCCAGAACCUCCUCUAAAGUCUCCUCGCACUUCAUCUGGCCAGCCGUUCGACUUUCCUAUAGGAACGGAGAAGCAGCCAGAUGAACAGAAGUCGAGCUCCGCUGAGGACAGUGUUCGAGAGCCCGUGAUGGAGAGUGUUCCGGUUCCUGAUCUUGACCCUCGCUCAUGUAGAAAAUCUUGGAGGAGGUCAACUAGAGGCAGGAGAUCACUCCCUGCCCUCCCUAGCACCUCCCAGGCUCUGUGUAAAUCAAUCAGCCAAGACCUGCAUGAUGAUGAGAGGCUGGAGAAACUAAUGGAAGCUGCAAUGCAGCAUACAGUCAAGAGGCUACAAAACAGUCUCCAGACCAUCCCUGAUACUAACAUGGAAGCAUUUCAAACACAAGUUGAUUCGCUACAGACAAAAUGGAAAAGUCUGGCUAAAAACAUUUCUGAAGAACGUUUACUUUUACUCUCCAGCACAAACAGUGACCCUGCCAUUCAGAAAUCAAUUGAUCGCACUAAGGAGGCCAUCAGCAGGUUGCAAGCUGAGAGUUUGUCUUGGGACUCCUUGCUUACCAAACAUCGCUCGAAAUCUGAGGAACUGGCCAGGCGAGUGGAACAGGGGCAAGAGAAAGCAUUGCCGCUGGACCCAUCCUGCAUCGCCCAGUCCUCUCAGAGCAAGCUUAUCCUGAAUAAACCAGAUUAUCACGAAGUUCUGUGUAGACAGCACAGGGUGCUCAACACAAUGGAGUUGGUGCUUGAUGCCCAGUGUAUGAUGGUGAAGGGGCUUCUGUCUUUCCAGCAACAGUCUCAGUUACUGGUGAAGGAGACCAGUAGCAGAUUGGCUCAGAGUGCUGGGUUUGAGGACCUCCCAUCAUCUCCAGUGAGACAGCUCCUAAGCAGGACUGCUACAUCGUCUUAGAUCUGCUCAACUGUUCUUUUUUUAAUGACACUCUUGAUACAAUUAAUUUUCUUGUUCUGUAAAAUAAGGUAUCUAACCAGCUAAUUUUCAAUGUCAUGCAUUAUCUUUUGGCAUAAAUUGAGUUUGUUCUUUACACUGUGUACAAAUUUCAUUAUAAAUGCUCCAAAAUAACUUAAUGUAUGUACAAUAAAAAUCUUAUACAGUCUCUUUACAUCAAUUUCAAUUUACGAUGGUAUCUUUUACAAAAAUGUCGAUUUCUUUGUCAGAACUUUGUUGGUAGGUCUAAUUUUAAGCAUUUUUGCACCUGUUAAUGUCUACAUGUUACUCAGUAUAUCAGCAGUUAGAUGUUGAUGCAUUAGUAAAUUCUAUCUCCCCUAUAAAGAAAGACUGCUGAUCACUAGAUGGCAGUGUAGUUAUUAAUAUUCAUCACACUUUAUGAUAUUUACUUGUUUAUUUACUUACCUUUACCUGUUUCUAUGUUUCAUAUUAUGUUAAAUAAUAAAAGAAAGUGGUUUAAUUGGUAA